AUGGAGUUCACCAACUCGGGCGGCUUUCCCUCCCGCCGCUCCUACCCCAACCUAAACCACGUCUCGCUUGCUCCACUCACACCCCGGUUCCCCAUCGACGACGACAUCGAACCCGAAGACUACUUCAGCAGCCGCGGCGAUGAUGACCACACCAGCAGCGGUACCAGAACACCACCACGAAUUUCGUACCUCUCCAGCGUCUCGGUGCCCAGUACACCGCCCAUACUCUCGCACUCGCGCAGCUCAUCCCGGACACGCCAUGCUCGAAGUAAGAGCUCUACCCGAGUCGGCCCAUUGAGUGACCCAAACCUGCACAGCAAGGAUGUCGCUUUUCCGCUGCACCAUCAAGCCGCACACAAGAAGCUAUUUAACUUGUCGCACACGCGCCGGCACUUCGGCGAUGCAGGACACGCCAACUCCCAGUCCGAUGCGGAAUGGAUGCUCCGCGCAGGCAUAGCGCUUGCUUCGUCCACGCGCGAAGAAAAGGGCCAGAGCUGGCUCUCGAAGCGCGAGAGCUCGACCAGUCUCGUCGACCUGCCGCCCGACGACACCACGACUCCGCACCCUUACCGCCACCAUUACCGCACCAAAUCCAGCGCCUCAUCCCGUAAGUCUCGCUCGGGGGCGUCGACGCCCGGUGCAUAUUCCCGCCGGAGCUCACGCUCUCGGGGAGGCAGUCAACGGGGUAGUCGGUCGGGCCUGGCCAUGACGACCAUCCCGCCCCUGUUGUCCGUCCCGCCUACAGCAGCGGGUAAGGCGGCCGGCCCCGCGGCCGGCACUAUGAGCCCUGAACACCGCGGCCGUACCUCGGGGCUGGUACCUGAUUUCGUGGACGAGCGAAUCCGCGCUGAGCUCGCGUCGCUGCAGCGGGAGCGAGGUUUCUCAGACGACGAGUCCGAGUACUGGGAUGGAGAGGAUGAAAAUGACUCCGAAUAUGACUCAUUCUCCGACGAGAUGCCGGACGAAUUUGACGAAGCGGAUCUGCAGCGGCUCACGCGAGAACGGGGAUUUGGGCUGGGCGGCUGGAUUGAUCGACUGGUUGAAUGGACGUUGUUUGGGGUCGAGGAGUGGCCUGCGCCUGUCCCUUCUACAGCAGCUGCUACUCGUAUCGGGACCACUGCCACGACUACGACUGUGACGUUUGAGGAGCCUAUUAAUCAUCGCUCUGAUGAGGAGCAACUGGCCCGUGAUACUUCGUCCCUGGCCUCUGCUGAAGAGGACAAUGGGGAUGCCCUGUGGCAUACGGAUGGCGAGUCCAUUGUUACUGUUGAGAAACCGGGUGCGCAUGGUGGCUGGGAAGAUGCGAGUUGGCUGUUCCGGGUGAUGAAGCGUGCUUUAAUAUGA